GCAGCCUGCCGCCCAUCAUCGUGUAUGACCGCAAUGGCUUCAGAAUCCUGCUGCACUUCUCUCAGACCGGGGCCCCUGGCCACCCAGAUGUGCAGGUGUUGCUGUUGACCAUGAUGAGCACUGCCACCCAGCCUGUCUGGGACAUCAUGUUUCAGGUGGCUGUCCCAAAGUCAAUGCGAGUGAAGCUGCAGCCGGCAUCCAGUUCCAAGCUCCCUGCAUUCAGUCCUUUGAUGCCUCCAGCUGUGAUAUCUCAGAUGCUGCUGCUUGACAACCCACACAAAGAACCCCUCCGGUUGCGGUAUAAGCUGACUUUCAACCAGGGUGGGCAGCCAUUCAGCGAAGUAGGAGAAGUGAAAGACUUUCCAGACCUCUCUGUCUUGAGGACUGCCUAACUCCUCAACCGAGACUCUUCAGUUACACUUAGGCCAGCGUUCCUUUCACUGUCUGGUCGGGACUCAUUGUGAUGUGUUGCAGAGUGCCAAGAGUUCUCUUCUGAUGUCAGACCUUGAUUGCCAAUCUCUGUAGAUCAUGUGUGUGUGUGCGUGUGUGUUAUUGGGGUGCUGGGGGAGGAGGGAGAGCUGGGCUUGGGAUUUGGGUAGUGUGGGGGAUGCUGACAAUUUCUGAGAUCAUCUCUGCUGCACUCAUUUCUGCUUCUGCAUGUUGGUUGACACUGUUGUCCCUGCCUCGGGUUGGAGUUUUAUAUAAGCCAAAGUUUUUUCCAUGUAUUGUUAUCUUUUCAUUCAUCCACUCUGUGCCUUGUCAGCCUUUGAAAGUCUUAGUUGCUCCCAGGCUGCUAUUCUCAGGGACCUUAGAAAGGGACCUGGUUGGUCUUGUGACAGAGUGUGUCUUCUGGGGCACACUCUUCCAAGAAUGGCCUUGUCUUCAUUUUCAUUAGGGAAUGCUGCUUGCAGAUGUUCAGUAAAAUCUAAAUGGAAUGCUCAUUGCACUGGUUCCAGCAAGGGGCUGCCAUGAGACCAGGAGACCACACUUGGUGGGCCAAUCAUGUCCUUCACUACAGUGCCUUAGAUUCUCCCUUAGAUGGACUCUCUGAGGCCUUGCUCAGGCCUCGGGUUCUGUGGAUUGGGCAGCCUGUCUGGGCCCUUACUCAGGACCCACAACGUCAUCCUCAUUCUUUCUGUUCACAAACAUCUCAAAGCUCUUUCAUUGUGACCCUGUGUUCCUUGUUGUAAAUCACAGCUAGCUGGCUAGUCCCAUGACCCUCACAAUCCAAGGUGGAGAACUGUGAUGCAGGUAGAGAGCCAUGUGAUGACUAAGUACAGAACGUCAUUGAAUAAAUACUGUGUACAAAUUUG